GAGCAGCCGCCCGGCACCUGGGAGGGCACCAUCGCCACCCGCCCCGGCUUCACCUACCGCCUGAGCGAGCACCAUGCCCUCUUCGCCAUCAACGCCACCUCGGGCGCCCUGCACACCCGUGCCACCAUCGACCGCGAGAGCCUGGCCAGCGACGUGGUGGACCUGGUGGUGCUCUCCAGCCAGCCCACCUACCCCAGCGAGGUGCGGGUCCUGGUGCUCGACCUCAACGACAAUGCGCCCGUCUUCCCCGACCCCUCCAUCGUGGUGACUUUCAAGGAGGACACGGGUAGCGGGCGCCAGCUCAUCCUGGACACGGCCACUGAAGCCGACAGCGGCACACAUGGCUCCUAUCGCAUUGUGGCUGGCAACGAGGAGGGGCGUUUCCGGCUCAACAUCACCCUCAACCCCAGCGGCGAAGGAGCUUUCUUGCACCUGGUUUCCCGGGGUGGGCUGGACCGGGAGGCCACCCCCACCUACCAGCUGUUGGUGCAAGUGGAGGACAAGGGCGAGCCCCGGCGGCAGGGGUACCUUCAGGUCAACGUCACCGUCCAGGAUAUCAAUGACAACCCACCCAUCUUCAGCCAGACUCUUUACCAGGCACGGGUGCCUGAGGAUGCGCCUGUUGGGGCCAGCGUUCUCCAGGUGGCCGCAGCUGAUGCUGAUGAAGGCACCAAUGCUGAUAUCCGCUACCGUCUGGAAGGAGGUGAUGGCGGCGGGGGGGGGGGGGGGGUUGAGGUGGACCCUGAGAGCGGGGUGAUCCGUAUCCGGGAGCGCUUGGACUAUGAGGUGCGCCAGCAGUACUCCCUGACGGUGCAGGCCAUGGACCGAGGGGUGCCAGCGCUGAGCGGCCGGGCCGAGGCCCUCAUCCGCCUGCUCGACGUCAAUGACAACGAGCCCCGGGUGAAAUUUCGCUAUUUCCCGGCCACCUCACGCUUUGCCUCCGUGGAUGAGAACGCAGCCCCUGGCACGGUGGUGGCCCUGCUGACGGUGAGCGAUGCCGACUCGCCUGCGGCCAACGGGAACAUCUCUGUGUCGAUCCUGGCGGGAAACGAGCAGCGGCACUUUGAGGUGCACAGCAGUAAGGUACCCAACCUCAGCCUUAUCAAGGUGGCAGCAGCGUUGGACCGGGAGCGCAUCCCGGCCUAUAACCUUACGGUGGCCGUGGCCGAUAACUACGGGGCCCUGCCGCCACCCCCAGGCUCCCCGACUUCUUCCCUCUCCCCCGAUGGGGCGGUGACGGCUCCUGUGAGCCGCUCGUCAGUAGCUAGCCUGGUGAUAUUUGUGAAUGACAUUAACGACCACCCCCCAGUCUUCGGGCAGUCGGUCUACAUGGUGAACAUCAGUGAGGAGGUGCCGCUGGGCAGCUACGUGCGGGGCUUGAGUGCCACGGACCGUGACUCGGGCCUCAACGCCAACCUCAAAUACAGCAUCGUCUCCGGCAACGAGCUUGGCUGGUUUCGCAUCAGCGAGCACAGCGGGCUGGUCACCACGGCCGGCCCCGAGGGCGGCUCUGCCGGGCAUGCUGCGGGCACGUCCAUUUCCAGCGGGCUGGACCGGGAGACUGCUUCUCAGGUGGUGCUCAACAUCAGCGCCCGCGACCAGGGGGUGCAGCCCAAGUUCUCCUACGCACAGCUGGUGGUGACCAUCCUGGAUGUCAAUGACAACAAACCUCGCUUCAGUCAGCCUGAGGGCUACCAGGUGUCCCUGGCUGAAAACUCCCCGUCAGGAACUGAGCUGCUGGUCCUGAGCGCCACGGAUGGGGACCUGGGGGACAAUGGGACCGUCCGCUUCUCCCUGCAGGAAGCUGAGCCGGCGCUGGCAGCGGUCGGCCCCUCCUCGGUGACCCCUCGACGGAUCUUUCGCUUGGAUCCCGUGUCAGGCAAGCUCAGCACCAUCUCGCAGCUGGACCGGGAGGAUCAGGCUCUCUUCUCCCUGCAGGUCCUGGCCACUGAUUUAGGCUCUCCUCCCCUUUCCUCGAUAGCCCGAGUUAACGUGAGUCUCCUGGAUGUGAACGACAAUAGCCCCGUGUUUUACCCCGUUCAGUAUUUUGCCCAUAUCCAAGAGAACGAGCCAGCCGGAACCUAUGUGACUACAGUGUCUGCCACGGACCCUGAUCUGGGACCCAAUGGGACGGUCAAGUACAGCAUCUCAGCUGGAGACACCUCCAGAUUUCAGGUCCAUGGUCAGACAGGGGUCAUCACGACCAAAAUAGCCCUUGACAGGGAGGAGAAAACUGCUUACCAGUUGCAGAUUGUGGCCACUGAUGGUGGCCAUCUUCAGUCACAGAACCAAGCCAUUGUCACUAUCACUGUCUUGGACACCCAGGACAAUCCCCCUGUUUUCAGCCAAGGCAUGUACAGUUUUGUUGUCUUUGAAAAUGUUGCUCUAGGUUACCACGUAGGUACUGUUUUUGCUUCCACCAUGGACCUUAACACCAACAUCAGUUAUCUUAUUACGACGGGCGACCAAAGGGGCAUGUUUGCCGUCAACAGAGUGACGGGGCAGAUCACCACAGCCAGUGUUAUUGACAGGGAGGAACAAGCAUUUUACCAGCUGAAGGUGGUCGCUAGUGGUGGGGCGAUAACUGGAGAUGCUGUGGUCAAUAUAACUGUCAAAGAUUUAAAUGACAAUUCCCCACACUUUAUUCAGGCGGUGGAAAGUGUAAAUGUGGUUGAAAACUGGAAAGCUGGGCAUACCAUAUUCCAGGCCAAAGCUCUUGAUCCUGACGAAGGUGUUAAUGGCGUGGUCCUUUACAGCCUUAAGCAAAACCCAAGGGGCUUGUUUUCAAUAAAUGAACAAACGGGGGCCAUAAGCUUAACAGGGCCACUCGACAUAAACACUGGGUCUUACCAGGUUGAAAUCCUGGCCUCGGAUAUGGGGGUGCCACAGCUGUCCUCUAACUUUAUCCUGACUGUCUCUGUCCAUGAUGUAAAUGAUAACCCGCCUGUGUUCGACCAGCUUUCCUAUGAAAUUACUAUUUUGGAGUCGGAGCCUGUGAAUUCCAGGUUCUUUAGGGUGCAGGCUUCUGACAAAGACUCGGGAGUGAACGGUGAAAUAGCUUAUAGUAUAAUUGAAGGAAAUACUGGGGAUGCCUUUGGCAUAUUCCCAGAUGGUCAGCUGUAUAUAAAAAGUGAACUGGACCGUGAACUUCAGGAAAGAUAUAUUUUACUGGUUGUUGCCUCUGAUAGAGCAGUAGAACCACUCAAUGCUACUGUGAACGUUACCGUAAUUCUGGAGGAUGUAAAUGAUAAUAGGCCCCUGUUCAACAGUACCAACUAUGUAUUUUAUUUUGAAGAGGAGCAGAGAGGUGGAUCGUACGUAGGUAAAAUAAAUGCUGUAGACAAAGACUUUGGGCCGAACGGGGAAGUCAGGUAUUCAUUUGAGCAUAUGCAGCCAGAUUUUGAGCUGAACACGGUAACUGGGGAAAUAAGAAGCACUCACCAGUUUGACAGAGAAGCUCUUAUGAGGCAAAGGGGAGCUGCAGUGUUUAGUUUCACGGUGAUAGCAACAGAUCAGGGGUUGCCAAAGCCUCUAAAGGAUCAGGCAACCGUACAAAUCUACAUGAAAGACAUCAAUGAUAACGCCCCCAAAUUUUUGAAAGAUCUCUACCAAGCUACUAUAUCUGAAUUAGCAGCGAAUCUGACACAGGUUCUGAGAGUUUCUGCCUCAGAUGUUGAUGAAGGGGUUAAUGGACUGAUUCAGUACUCUGUAAUCAAGGGAAAUGAAGAAAAACAAUUUGCAAUAGAUAGUAGCACGGGCCAAGUGACCUUAGUAGGCAAACUAGAUCAUGAAGCUACUGCGUCGUAUUCACUUGUCAUCCAAGCAGUAGACUCUGGAGCAGUUUCCCUAAGCUCAACUUGCAUGUUGAGCAUUGAUGUAUUGGAUGAAAACGACAACAGUCCUUCCUUCCCUAAAUCAACCUUGUUGGUGGACGUCUUGGAAAAUAUGAGAGUUGGUGAACUUGUGUCAUCUGUCACUGCCACUGAUUCUGAUUCGGGUGACAAUGCUGACCUCCAUUAUAGCAUUACGGGGACAAACAAUCACGGGACCUUUAGCAUCAGUCCCAACACCGGUAGUAUUUUUCUAGCAAAGAAACUGGACUUUGAGACGCAAUCUCUGUAUAAGCUAAAUAUAACAGCAAAAGACCAAGGCAGGCCACCACGGUCAUCUACAAUGUCAGUGGUCAUACAUGUUAGGGAUUUUAAUGACAACCCUCCUAAUUUUCCUUCGGGGGACAUCUUUAAAUCUAUUGUUGAGAACGUUCCUGUUGGUAGCUCUGUCAUUUCCGUGACUGCUCAUGAUCCAGACGCGGAUAUUAAUGGGCAGCUAACGUAUGCAAUCAUUCAACAGAUGCCGAGGGGUAAUCAUUUCCGUAUAGAUGAAGUGAGAGGGACGAUAUUUACCAAUGCUGAAAUAGAUCGUGAGUUUGCUAAUCUCUUUGAGUUAACAGUCAAAGCCACCGAUCAGGCUGUUCCUGUGGAGUCCAGGCGAUUUGCUUUGAAGAACGUGACCAUUUUGGUGACAGAUCAAAACGACAAUGUUCCCGUGUUCGUAUCGCAAAAUGCUCUCGCAGCUGACCCCUCGGUUUUGAUCGGUUCAAUCCUAACGACAAUUGUUGCUGCAGAUCCUGACGAGGGCGCCAACGGAGAAGUGGAAUAUGAAAUAAUCAACGGAGAUACCGAAACCUUCAUUGUGGAUCGCUACAGUGGAGAUUUAAGAGUAGCGUCAGCUUUGGUGCCUUCUCAGCUCAUAUACAAUCUCAUAGUUUCUGCCACGGAUCUUGGCCCUGAAAGGAGAAAAUCCACCACUGAGAUGACUAUAAUCCUGCAAGGGGUUGACGGGCCUGUCUUCACUCAGCCAAAAUACAUCACCAUCUUAAAAGAAGGCGAGCCUAUCGGGACAAACGUGAUCUCUAUCGAAGCGGCGAGUCCGCGGGGCUCCGAAGCUCAGGUGGAAUAUUACAUCGUGUCUGUCCGAUGCGAAGAUAAGCGCCUCGGGCGCCUCUUCACCAUUGGGCGCCACACUGGUGUCAUCCAGACCGCUGCCAUUUUGGACAGGGAGCAAGGAGCACGUCUCUACUUGGUGGAUGUUUAUGCCAUUGAAAAGUCGUCUGUUUUGCCCCGCACGCAACGAGCAGAGGUGGAAAUAACGCUUCAGGAUAUCAACGACAACCCACCAGUAUUCCCCACAGAUAUGCUCGAUCUGACGGUAGAAGAGAAUAUAGGAGAUGGAUCUAAAAUAUUGCAGCUGACAGCCAUGGAUGCUGAUGAGGGAGCCAAUGCCCUCGUCACAUACACUAUUAUCAGCGGUGCGGAUGAUAGCUUCCACAUUGACCCCGAGUCAGGAGAUCUGAUAGCCACCAAGCGCCUGGAUCGGGAGCGCCGCUCCAAGUAUUCCUUGCUGGUUCGUGCUGAUGACGGCCUGCAGUCCUCAGACAUGAGAAUAAACAUCACUGUUAGCGAUGUUAACGACCACAUCCCCAAAUUCUCCAAGCCAGUGUAUUCCUUCGACAUCCCGGAAGAUGCAACUCCAGGUAAAUUGCUGUGGGCCUUCUUAGCCACUGACGAUGACUCCGGUGUCAACGGGGAAAUCACGUACACUGUAAGUGAAGAUGAUGAAGAGGGUAUCUUCUUCCUGAACCCUGUUACCGGAGUCUUCAACCUGACUCGCGCACUGGACUACGAAGCGCAGCAGUAUUACAUUCUUACCGUUCGCGCUGAAGAUGGGGGAGGCCAAUUUACCACCAUCAGAGUGUACUUCAAUAUAUUGGACAUCAACGAUAACCCGCCAGUGUUCAGCACGACCUCAUAUAGCACGUCUUUGAUGGAGAACCUGUCUCCAGGAUCCGCUAUUCUCAACUUCAGUGUCACUGACGCGGAUGAUGGCUCCAACUCGCAGCUGUCCUUCAGCAUCGCGUCCGGGGACAGCGCGGGGCAGUUCAGCAUCGACAACAGCGGGGUGCUGAGCAUCAGGCAGCCUUUGGACCGGGAAAGCCAGUCUUUCUACAGCCUCGUCGUGCAAGUCCAUGACAUGGCCCCCCUCCCAGCCUCCAGGUACACAAGCACAGCCCAAGUUUCCAUUAUUCUGCUGGAUGUGAACGACAGCCCGCCGAGCUUUAUCUCCCCAAAGCUGACCUACGUCCCAGAAAACACGCCUAUCGACACGAUUGUGUUCAAAGCGCAAGCGACUGAUCCCGACAGCGGUCCGAACAGCUACAUCGAAUACAGUCUGCUCCGGUCUCUGGGAAACAAAUUCAGCAUCGGCACUAUUGACGGUGAAGUGAGGCUUACCGGGGAGCUCGACAGAGAAGCCGUGUCCAACUACACCUUGACUGUGGUAGCCACAGACAAGGGCCAGCCAUCCCUUUCGUCAUCUACGGAUGUGGUGGUUAUAGUCCUGGACAUUAAUGACAAUAACCCGCUUUUUGCCCAAAAGCUUUAUAAAGUAGAGGUGGGGGAAAAUACUUUGACAGGCACGGAUUUAAUCCAGGUGUUUGCUACGGAUGGAGACGAAGGUACAAACGGCCAGGUCCGCUAUGCCAUCGUGAGCGGAGAUGCCAAUAAUGAGUUUCGGAUCGAUUCUGUGACGGGAGUGAUAACAGUUGCCAAGCCUUUGGACAGAGAGAAAAAGCCCUCCUAUACAUUGACUGUUCAGUCGGCCGACCGUGGGAGCAGCCCGAGAACUGAUACCACAACAGUCAGUAUUAUUCUGAAGGAUGUCAAUGACUAUAUUCCCACAUUUGAACUUUCACCCUACUCUGUGAAUGUCCCUGAGAAUUUAGAGACGCUCCCGAAGGUUAUUCUUCAGGUUGUAGCAAGGGACGAUGAUCAAGGCCUAAACAGCAAGCUUACUUAUGUUCUGGUGGCUGGAAACGAAGAAGGAGCCUUUACGCUCUCGGCCAGCGGAGAGCUGCGCUUGGUGCAGAGCCUGGACCGGGAGGCAAAGGAGCAGUACGUACUACUGAUCACAGCUGCUGAUGCAGGAUCUCCUGCCCUCACUGGCACUGGAACCAUUGCUGUCACGGUGGAUGAUGUCAAUGACAAUGUCCCCACAUUCGCCUUUAAUGUGUAUUCUGCCACUGUUCCGGAGGAUGCUCCUACGGGGACAGAUAUUUUGCUCGUAAACUCCUCAGAUGCUGAUGCUUCUACAAAUGCUGUUAUUAGCUACAGGCUUACCGGUGGCAAUUCACAGUUCACAAUCAACCCAUCAACAGGGCAAAUCAUCACCAGCGCUCUCCUCGAUCGAGAGGUGAGGGAGAACUACACUUUGGUGGUGGUGGCCAGCGAUGGGGGCUUCCCCAGGGCUCUCUCCAGUUCCACCAGCGUGCUCGUCUCCGUCGCCGAUGUGAAUGACAACCCACCCAAAUUUCAACACCAUCCCUACGUCACCCACGUCCCAUCGCCUACCACUUCAGGCUCAUUCGUGUUUGCUGUGACUGUCACCGAUGCAGAUGCUGGCUCCAAUGCCGAGCUCCAUUAUUCUCUCGUGGGGAAAAACUCCGAGAAAUUCCACAUUGAUCCAGCGAGAGGGGCGAUACUGGCUGCGAACCCACUGGCAGGAGAGUCUGAAGUCACCAUUUCAGUUCAUGUGAGGGAUGGCGGCCGGUACCCCAAGACAGACUCUACAACUGUCACCGUGAGGUUUGUGAACAGAGCAGAAUUUCCUCGUGUUCAGGCGGAUCAGGAGACCUUCACGUUUCCUGAAAACCAAGCAGUCGGUACGCUUGUCACCACUGUCUCUGGAUCUUCAGCCAGAGGAGGCUCCUUGUCUUACUAUAUUGCCAGCGGCAACCUGGGCAGCACCUUCCUGGUUGACCAGGUGACAGGACAGCUUUCUGUCGGACGGGCUUUAGAUUUUGAAGCCAUACAGAAAUACGUGGUUUGGAUCGAGGCAAGAGAUACGGGCUUUCCUCCCUUUUCCUCAUAUAAGAAACUGGAAGUAACGGUGAUAGAUGUCAAUGAUAACGCGCCAGAGUUUGAGCAAGAUCCGUUCAUUGCAGAAAUAGUGGAGAACCUGUCCCCGCGGAAGAUACUGACGGUGGCUGCUGUCGACAGGGACAGUGGUCUGAACGGACAGCUAAGUUAUGAAAUAAUUGAGGGUAAUUCGGAAAAUAGUUUCAGUAUCAAUCGAGCCACUGGUGAGAUCAGAAGUGUCAGGCCUUUGGACAGGGAGAAAUUGUCUCAAUACACACUAACCAUAAAAGCUUCAGAUAAAGGCACCCCACUCCAGAGCACGACUGUCAAAGUUAUCAUUAAUAUUUUAGAUGAAAAUGACAAUGCUCCAAGGUUUUCCCAGAUAUUCAGUGCAUCCGUGCCUGAAAAUGCACCUCUGGGUUUUACAGUAACCCGAGUCACAACAUCAGAUGAAGACAUUGGGGUGAAUGCAGUCAGCAGGUACUCCAUAAGGGAUACGAGUCUCCCGUUUACCAUAAAUCCCAGCACUGGGGACAUCACCAUCAGCAGACCGCUCAACAGGGAGGACACAGACCGCUACAGAAUCAGGGUCUCUGCGCAUGACUCCGGGUGGACGGUGAGCACAGAUGUCACAAUAUUUGUCACGGAUGUCAAUGACAACGCCCCACGAUUUACAAAGCCAUCCUAUUACCUGGAGUGUCCUGAGCUUCCUGGGAUCGGGUUGAAGGUCACCCAGGUUUCCGCCACCGAUCCUGAUGAAGGUUCGAAUGGUCAAGUCUUCUAUUUCAUAAAAUCCCAGUCCGAGUUCUUCCGGAUUAAUGCAACCACGGGGGAAAUUUUCAACAAGCAGUAUUUAAGGUACCAAAACUCCAGUGGUUCAAGCAAUGUCAACAUUAACAGGCAUAGCUUCAUCGUUACUUCUUCAGACCGAGGCAGUCCUCCGUUAAUGAGUGAGACAACUGUCACCAUUAACAUAGUAGACAGCAAUGACAAUGCACCACUGUUCCUCGCUCGUAAAUAUUUUACUCCUGUUACUAAGAACGUGAGGGUUGGCACAAACUUAAUUAAAGUUACAGCAGUGGAUGACAAAGACUUUGGCUUGAAUUCCGAAGUGGAGUACUUUAUCUCUGAUGAAAGCAAAACUAAUAAAUUCAAACUGGACAGGAGUACAGGCUGGAUUUCUGUGUCAUCUUCACUAAUGGCUGAUUUGAACAAAAACUUUCUGUUUAAAGUGAAAGCAAAGGAUAAAGGUAAUCCUCCACUCUCAUCCGAGGUAGCUGUUGAAAUAGUAGUAACAGAGGAAAAUUACCAUACACCCGAGUUUUCUCAAAGCCGUAUGAGCGUUACUAUUCCAGAGAGUCACUCUGUUGGAACAGUGGUCAGGACGGUUUCAGCCCGAGACAGAGAUGCUGCUAUGAACGGAUUAAUCAGAUAUAAUAUUUCCUCUGGAAAUGAGGCUGGCAUCUUUGCUAUUAAUACAACUACUGGUACGCUGACACUAUCAAAACCACUUGAUUUUGAGUCACGCCAAAAGCAUGAGCUAGUUGUUACUGCCACAGAUGGAGGAUGGGUGUCCAGAACAGGCUACUGCAGUGUCACUGUUAACGUCAUUGAUGUGAAUGAUAAUUCUCCGGCAUUCAGCCCUGAGGACUACUUUCCCAAUGUGUUAGAAAAUGCCCCCAGUGGAACAACUGUUAUUCGUUUAAAUGCCACUGAUGCUGACUCUGGACCUAACGCUGUGAUUGCGUAUGCUAUUCAGUCCUCGGAUAGUGACCUCUUUGUCAUUGACCCCAACACAGGAACGAUUACCACCCAGGGAUUUUUAGAUUAUGAAACAAAGCAAAGUUACCAUUUAACGGUAAAGGCUUUUAAUGUUCCAGAUGAAGAGAGGUGCAGCUUUGCUAGUGUCAACAUCCAGUUAGUAGGGACAAAUGAAUACGUGCCCCGUUUUGUGUCCAAGCUUUAUUAUUUUGAGGUUUCUGAGGCAGCCUUGAAAGGUACUGUUGUAGGUGAAGUUUUUGCAAGUGAUCGUGAUAUGGGAACUGAUGGAGAAGUCCACUACCUUAUCUUUGGCAACAGCAGAAAGAAAGGCUUCCAGAUAGAUGAGAAAAGUGGCCAGAUCUACGUUUCAGGACCUCUUGACAGAGAAAAGGAAGAACGAAUCUCUCUGAAAAUCCUCGCAAAAAAUUUUGGGAGCAUUCGUGGUGCAGAUAUAGACGAAGUAACUGUUAAUAUCACUAUACUGGAUGCCAACGAUCCUCCUGUUUUUACCUUAGGAACCUACAAUGUACGAAUCAGCGAGGGUGUUCCUCCAGGCACCCACGUCACGUUCGUGAGUGCCUUUGAUUCAGAUUCUGUCCCUAGCUGGAGCAGGUUUUCCUAUUUCAUUGGGUCUGGCAACAACAACAGCGCCUUUUCCAUCAACCCGCAGACAGGACAGGUGACCGUCACUGCAGAGCUGGACCGAGAAACGUUGCCUGUGUACAACCUGUCUAUGCUGGCCAUUGAUUCGGGAACACCAUCUGCUACAGGAAGUGCUUCUUUAUUGGUAACUUUGGAAGAUAUCAAUGACAAUGGCCCUACCUUGUCCACCAGCCAAGGAGAAGUCAUGGAGAAUAAUCGUGCAGGAACUCUUGUGAUGACACUUCAAUCAUCAGAUCCUGAUCUCCCUCCAAACCAAGGUCCCUUUACAUAUUACUUGCUCAGCACUGGCCCCGCAACCAGCUACUUCAGCCUUAGCACUGCUGGCGUGCUGACAACGACGAGAGAGAUUGACAGGGAGCAAAUCAGCGAUUUCUACCUGUCAGUGAUUACAAGAGACUCUGGCGUUCCUCAGAUGUCUUCCACAGGAACUGUGCAGAUCAAGGUAAUAGACCAAAACGACAACCCGUCUCAGCCCAGAACGGUAGAAAUCUUUGUUCACUAUUAUGGCAACCUCUUCCCAGGUGGAAUUUUGGGCAACGUAAAGCCACAGGAUCCAGACGAACUAGACAGCUUCCAGUGCUCCCUCACAUCAGGAGUCACCAGCCUCUUCAGCAUUCCCGGGGGCACCUGCGAGCUGCUCUCGCAGGCGAGAUCCACGGAUGGCACGUUUGACCUGGCCGUCCUCAGCAACGAUGGGUUGCAUGGUGCCGUCACCAGCAGCGUCCGGAUUUUCUUCGCAGGCUUCAGCAACGCCACCAUUGACAACAGCAUCCUCCUCCGCCUGAGCGCCCACAGCGUGCGGGAUUUCCUGACGAAUCACUAUCUCCACUUCUUGCGCAUCGCCAGCUCCCAGCUGACAGGUCUGGGCACCGCCGUGCAGCUCUACGGGCUGUACGAGGAGAGCAACCACACCUUCCUAAUGGCGGCCAUCAAACGCGGCAACAACCAGUACGUGAAUCCCAGCGGCGUGGCCACCUUCUUCGAGAGCAUCAAAGAUGUCCUCUUCCGCCAGAGUGGGGUGCGGAUCGAGGCUGUGGACCACGACUGGUGCCUGCAGAGCCCCUGCCAGAACGGAGGGAGCUGCCUGAGGAGGUUGGCGGUGAGCCCAGCUCUGAAGAGCCACGAGAGCGUCCCAGUCAUCAUCGUGGCCAACGAGCCCCUCCGGCCCUUCGUGUGUAGGUGCAUGCCGGGGUACGAUGGGAGUCUGUGUGAGACGGACAUCGACGAAUGCCUCCCUUCCCCCUGCCACAACGACGGGACUUGCCACAACUUGGUGGGGGGCUUCUCGUGCAGUUGCCCGGAGGGCUUCACUGGCAUGGCCUGCGAGAGGGACGUCAACGAGUGCCUUUCCAACCCCUGCAAAAACGGUGCCGCCUGCCAGAACUUCCCGGGAAGCUUCAACUGCGUUUGUAAAACUGGGUAUACAGGGAAAACGUGCGACUCCACUGUCAAUUACUGCGAGUGCAACCCCUGUUUCAAUGGUGGAUCUUGCCAAAGCGGGGUGGAGGGGUAUUACUGUCACUGCCCCUUCGGUGUUUUUGGGAAUCACUGUGAACUGAACAGUUACGGAUUUGAAGAGUUGUCUUAUAUGGAGUUUCCCAGUAUGGAUCCAAACAAUAAUUACAUCUAUAUAAAGUUUGCCACUAUAAAAAGUAAUGCCUUAAUGUUGUAUAACUAUGAUAACCAAACCGGAGAGCGGGCAGAAUUUCUGGCCCUGGAAAUCGCAGAAGAGAGGCUGAGAUUCUCCUACAACCUUGGCAGUGGCACAUACAAGCUUACCACAACUAAGAAGGUGUCUGAUGGACAAUUUCACACAGUUAUUGCCCGGAGGGCUGGAAUGGCAGCAUCGCUGACGGUGGAUUCCUGCUCUGAGGAUCAGGAGCCAGGCUACUGCACUGUUAGCAAUGUUGCUGUUUCUACUGACUGGACUCUCGAUGUACAACCAAAUCGAGUUACUGUUGGUGGCAUCAGGUCUGUAGAGCCCAUCCUUCAAAGGAGAGGACAGGUGGAAAGCCAUGAUUUUGUGGGCUGUAUAAUGGAGUUUGCAGUCAACGGACGUCCCCUGGAGCCCAGCCAGGCUUUGGCAGCUCAAGGAAUCUUAGAUCAGUGUCCCAGACUAGAAGGUGCUUGCACAACCAGCCCCUGCCAACAUGGUGGCACCUGUGUUGAUCACUGGUCAUGGCAGCAAUGUCACUGCAAAGAUGGACUGACGGGAAAGCACUGUGAAAAAUAUAUUACUGCCGACACUGCCUUAUCGCUCGAAGGCAAAGGACGACUAGACUACCACAUGAGCCCGAACAAGAAGCGAGAAUACAUGAUGAGACUCGGCUCUCGAGGCGCCGGCCCAGGACCCCCGAAUGCGGACCGCUUGGAAGUGAAGUUCAGGACAAGAAGUGAGAACGGCAUUUUAGUUCACGUCCAGGAAAGCAGCAACUUCACUACUGUGAAGAUAAAAGGUGGGAAAGUACAUUACGUAUCCGAUGCUGGAAUUGCUGGGAAAGUGGAAAGAAAUAUCCCAGAAGUGUACGCUGCAGAUGGUCAAUGGCAUUCAGUGCUCAUCGAGAAGAACGGGUCUGCUACUAUCCUGUCGGUUGACAAGACUCAUAGCCGAGACAUUCUCCAUGCCACGCAAGACUUCGGCGGACUAAAUGUUCUUACAAUUUCUUUGGGAGGAAUCCCAUCAAGCCAACAUUUCAAGAGCACAGUUGCAGGCUUCAACGGCUGCAUUUCCUACAUCAAGUACGGCGGGGAGAGCCUUCCCUUCGCUGGCAAGCACAGCCUCGCCACCCUCUCCAAAACAGACGCCUCGGUGAAGAUCGGCUGCCGUGGCCCCGACGUCUGCGCCAGCGGUCCCUGCUGGGGCGACCUGAUGUGCAUCAACCAGUGGUAUGCCUACCAGUGCGUCCCGCCAGGUGCCUGCGCCUCCAACCCCUGCCAAAACGGGGGCAGCUGCGAGCCC